GAGGGCAAUAAAGGUUUACAUUGGGAUCUGCUGCCCCUGUGGAUCCUGCUGUCUGAGGUCGCCGCCUAACCUUGCCUAAUGGAUGAGCCGGCCCUGAUUGUGAAAUAUGCAUGCUUUUGGUAGUGCCUUCUUUUCUGACAGGGACGCUGGUGGCGCUGUGGGUUAAACCACAGAGCCUAGGACUUGCCAAUCAGAAGGUUGGCAGUUCGAAUCCCCGUGACGGGGUGAGCUCCCGUUGCUCGGUCCCAGCUCCUGCCAACCUAGCAGUUCGAAAGCACACCAAAAAGUGCAAGUAGAUAAAUAGGUACCACUCUGGCGGGAAGGUAAACAGCGUUUAUGUGCGCUGCUCUGGUUUGCCAGAAGCGGCUUUGUCAUGCUGGCCACAUGACCCGGAAGCUGUACGCCGGCUCCCUCGGCCAAUAAAGCGAGAUGAGUUCCGCAACCCCAGAGUUGGUCACGACUGGACCUAAUGGUCAGGGGUCCCUUUACCUUUACCUUUCUUUUCUGAGGAUCAAGAACAUAAACCCAUCUAAAUUCACAGGUAGGGAAAGACCAUGAGCCAGUGGUGGAAAAUAUGUAGAAAAUCAUGGGUUCAGCCUCCAGCAACUUGAGGAAGGGCUUGGGAAAAUCCCUCACAGGAACCCUGGAGAGAUGCAAUGCACCAGCAGCUGGAAAAAAUCAGUGGCCUGGCUCAGUAUAAGGCAGCCUCUUAUGUCCACAUAGCUCAGAAACUAAAGUAAGUCUCAUGUUUUAUUUUAUGAACGCAUCAUCAACUUGCAUUCAAUUAAUAUUCCAUGAAUUUGGUGCAUUUUGGGUUGAGGUAGAUGAUGUAGGCAUUGAUCCAGGCAAUAAAUAGAAAUUUAGAGACUGGUCUUGCUCAGCAAAUGCAAAAUAUCUGGUGGAAGAUAUGAGAAGGUUUUCUUUGGGGUUUUUGGUUUUAUUUCCUCCCUCUAGUUUCACAAUUAAUAAUCUCAGAGUUAGUUUUCCUUCUUCUUUUUCUGCUAGGGCAUUUCAGUAAGAUGCGGUGGAACAAAAAGAAGCAGUGUGAGCUAGCACAGAGCAAAGAAAGGUACGUCUAAAUUUUCAGUGCAUUUCCAGAUCAGUGUAAACUAUUGCAAUCGGCGUACUAUUAAAAGCACGGUUUUAAAGAUCGGCUAAACAUCUAAACUAGGAUUAAACAUCAAGGUCCAUGAAGAGUCUGCAUUCUGAAGAUGUCAUCAUGCUUAGAUGGAUGUGGUACUAUAGCUUGAGAAGUCAUAAUCUUCAAAUUUAGAAUCUACUCUUGGGAGAGGGAGAACAUGAAAAGGGCAAGAACUACACUUGGCUAUUAUGAAUGUGUCCAUGACUGAAACUCAAGCAAACAAAUCAGAUUUAAUACAAACGCUAGUGGUUGUAAAGGGAAGCCUUUAUUUGGCUAACUUCAUAUUCAUAACUGCAUUGAAUAUAUUAAUAAUCAAGACUGUGAGACAGAACUCUAAAAUGGUGAAGGAAGUGAGAUACUUCCUCCUAUGCCAUCAUCUUCUCUGUUGCUCUUUAUUCUGUUGCUCUGGCAUGGUGUCCAACGCGAUACAAACAUUUAAAGUGCAACAAUUCUGGAUCUGGAUCACCUUUGGAGUACAAACAGCAGUUGCAGAAGCAGUGCUGGUAACGCUGGCUUUGAUGGCAAUUAACACUUGCUUAGCAGUUUGCUGGCCUUUGAGAUACCUGGCCUUUGUACACUUGGUGAAACGCAAAGCUAUAGCUUGUGUUUGGGUCGGAACAAUCCUCAAAUCUGCAUGCUUGAUCAUUGUGGAACGUACAGAAGGAGAUCCGAGGUACAUAUAUGAAGCAGAGCUCUCUUGCCCAACUAUCCUGGGUAGUGAUUUUGCCAAAAUAACCGGAAGUAUUUUCAUUUUGCUUCUUGCAGCCGUCAUGGUAACUGCUUAUUUUCUCCUGUGGAGAGAAGGAAAGUUCAGCGGUCAUUUUAACUGUUCAAAUAAGAAGGCCAGAAAAACAGUCAUUAUUCAUGGUGUACAAAUGAGCUUCCAUAUUCUUCCAUCCUUAAUCUUUACAGCCAUCGGAAAAGGAUCAGAACAUGUUCUGAUAAAAUUUGGAGCUUUUGUUGUUUUCAUACUUGCACAAAGCUUCAGCCCUGUGGUUUAUGGGCUGCGGAACAAAGAACUUCUGGACAAGAUAUGUGUCAGACGAGAAAGAAAUCAAUACAGUAACUACUUGGUAAAGUACAACAAUUACCCACCCCAACUUCAGAUGGUAGAAGGUUCAGCAAAUGGGUGGACCAUUUCUCAGUGUAGUGCAAAAGCACUUUCAAGUCAGCAUUAGCCUUCAUUAAACCAUAUCACACAUCAAGGAAUAAUUCAACUCACACAACUGCAUAUACCAACCCAUUAUUUUUAAAACCAGAUUUUCAGCCCCAAAGCUAGAAGCCUUGAGUGCUAUAUUUUUGCUUUAAAGUUUAAAGGGUAACUUGUGGAAAAGACACAGCACAAGAAGUAAAGGAAACCAUGGAAAAAGAGAGGGCAAGGCUCUGCCAGACAGGCUACUAGAAAUGGUACACUCUGGAAUCUCUAGUACAGUCGUACCUUGGAAGUCCAUUUGACUUCCCAAAUGUUCGGAAACCAAAGCAUGGCUUCUUGAUUGGCUGCAGGAAGCUCCUGCAGCCAAUUGGAAGCCACAGAAGCCCCAUCGGACGUUCGGCUUCCAAAAGAACGUUCAAAAACCAUAACACACACUCUGAGGUUUGUGGAAGGAGAGGAUGCAGUAGAAGACACUUCCUCAUCAUAAUCCCAAUAGUUGCCCACCAGGGUAGUAUUAAUGCUGCUUUGUAUCUCUUUCCCUUGGCAGCCUGUAACCCCACCUGAGCACUAACAGGUUUGAAAAUCAGCAUGUUCAUGAAAAUUUCAGCAGUUCAGCCAAUGGCAUAGGAACAAAUUUCAAAAACAUCAAGUCAGAUUUCUUGCAGCUAGGGAGCUUCCGAAGGAUGCAGCCAGCACAUACUACAGCUUCCGCCACCUUUUGACAGAUUUUCUACAUAUGCUCUGUGCAUUGAUUUGAUAUUUCAUAUAUAUUUAUUAACCAUGAUAAACUAUGAGAGUUAUUCAGAGGCUUGCUUUGGUGCUAGUAUGAUUCAGAUGUGUGAAACAUUCUUAAAAAUGUUUUAGGGCCUGAUUGAAAAUGGAAUGCAGCUAGUUUUGCCCCAGCCUGAUGAUCACUGACUUGUGAUAAUGCAGAAAUAAGUUUUUUCACUGGUAGCACUGGUGUUGUGAAAUGCACUCAAUGCUGAAAUGCAACAGGUCCCUUCUUUACUGGCAUUCUGCUCGCUUUUGAAGACUCACCUGUUUGCACAGGCAGUUCCUGUUUUCUUCACCUCAGUCUCCUGUAUUAAUGGCAGCAAUGUUUUAAUCAGAUUGUUCUAUUGUGUGUUUUAAUUAUAGAUAUUUAUAUUUUAA